GUCUAGGGGCCAUUUGCCGUUGUGCAAUUUCUCCCAGCGUCGAACUCCUUGUUUCUGCCGUGCUCAGGCACCUGGACUCCUUCGAUUCGUUGUCAACCUCUCACAAUCACCUUUUCCCCCCUGAUACAGCUUCGCUGUCCUUCGUCUGGCCGCUUCACUUCUUAUAACGUCUCACUAGGACCGUGGACUUGCCGGUUUUGUUCAGCAAUUGACAUCGUUCGGUCUUUGACGUGGGCCACCCUUAUUGGUCUCAUCGACGCUAACGGCCAAUCCACACCACCCCAGCAGUGCCAUCUCCGCCAACCGGUGUAGCUCUUUAAGAGCCUAGCAAGGAAGACAAGGACUCAACAGGAUCAUAAAUUACGGAACACCAGGAACGUGGCGUUUGACACCCGACGCUUUGUGGCCUGGUCCAUCACUCCGGCCAAUCCGGCGAGGCUUUUUCUCCCUGCUCGUCUGCCCAACUUCUUCCCGGCAACCAUCGACCUUCAACAAAAUCACGAACUUUCGAUGAUGUGGUCAAGCCCAGUCCAACAAUAACAACAAACGGCUUUUCUGUCGCUAGGCCCUUCGAUCCUGGCUCGUGCUGGACGAUCUCCUCACCCCUUGCCAUUUCACCAACCAAAAAAGCGCGCAAAAGUUUUCGAAGUCCGAUUCGCCUGUCCCUCUUCUGCAGCAUAUUUCAGGAUGGAAUAUCUUGGCUCGAAGCUCUGAGAUUGGUAGCUGGUGCAUCCGUUUACUUUGCAAACUGCAGGCGGGUCCCUGCGUGCGUGAAUCACCCCUUCGGAUUCGAUACUCUGUUGCUCCUCCAACAAGGAGCGACCUGGCUUCGUACGACCAGUGAGUUAGUUUGUCUCCGCCCUCGUGCCGUUUGAAAAUAUGUCAAAUCAACGAAACCCUGAUUGGGAGAUGCCUUCUCCUGCCACCACUCGCAACGGGAAACGCGGCCAAGGCCGACCUUCGUCAGACCUCCAGGCUCCUCCCUCCACGCGUGACGUGCAAUCGAACGGUGCAACACAGCUAUCGAAGUAUCUCUCGACCGGACAACACGCUCCGUUAUCAUCCACAAGUUCUGUGACUUCCUCCCGAGAGGCUUCUCCGAAUCGAGUGCCGCCUAGAAGUGUGAAUCCAAUAUCCGCAUCAAGGACCACUCCAAGAUCUCGCAGGAAUAGCCAGGAAUUGGGUCCAAGUCGAAAUUCAAGCUCUACUUCGAUCAAUCGAACCCAUUUGCCGGCUGCCCGUGAUUUGGAAAGCUAUCUUGUUGAUUCAAACAAACCACAUCUUCCACCGCCUACUACAGAUGCUUCGACAGACCUAUCCCAACCAAAUAAAUCAAACAUGCCUACAAAAUCGGGAGAUCCUCCAUUACAAUGGCCUAAAUUCCAUCGAAUAAAGUCACCACCUCCUGGUCUACCAGCCCGAAUUCCUUUGCAACGCACAAUCUCCCCCAGACGUGCAGACCAUGAUAACAUCUCCGCGAACACUGCAAGCAAGAGGCAUCCUGCGGGAAGCGAUAACAUAUUAUCUGCGGACAAGUGUCUUGAAGCACCAGAAGAUGCCCAAUUUCAGAAUCCUACCCGCGGCGUGGGCCGUGGAACCGCACCUGUCCUUGAAACAGUCCAGGAGGGUACGGUCCCAGGUCUCACUGCGAUUGACCCGCCGACUGGCGAAGAUCCCGGUGAAGCAGCUAAAGUUGUAAAACCCUCUGGGGACAGUGGCAGUGACAGCGGAGGUAAUAAAAGUGCCGGAUCGAAGACGGACAACAUACAAAAGCAUGGCCCUACUAAGCCUAGGUCUGACGAAGUCCUUGCGAAACGGUCGUUUACUUCGCUGAACUCUGUCCGUGGGAAAAUUGGAGAGUCUUCUAUGACAAAUAUGACUGUGGAGACGGAAACUGUCAGCUCUAUACCUCAAGUCUCACUCGGUGGAGGUGCUGGUGAGCGUGGUGGGCUGGGAAGGAAAGACGGCAGCGCCACAGUUCGACUACGUGCCAGCGAUGAGACUAUCCGACCGAGAAAAGAAAAGAAGAAAACUCGUAAACCAACUCUACCCACUGGAACAGCAUCGUCGAAAGCGGAUAUUUUCGAAGCCAAGGUAGCAAGCGCUGUUGAAGACGCAGACUCAUCGGACUCUGCGGAGACGUUUGUUUAUGAAUCAAACCCUCCUGACCCUCAUCCAUCCAGACAACACCGAUAUCAUUCUCGGACCCCAAGUGCGGCGUCCGCGGUUGGCCAGCUAGACCAGUACGGAAAUCGAAUGCGUCCUGGCGUCAGAGAUUCACUGCACGGUAUCACAGGGAAAAGAAGUAUGAAGUUUACAAAUACUUCCUAUAACACCAUGGAUGGUGAGGGCGAAGAUCGCUCUGCUGGUCGAGGCACCUCGAGAGGGCAUGGGCUGCAUACAGCACGCCACUAUCAUAUAGGGCGACAUGGAAGAAAUGGUGCCCAUCAGGGCGCAUUAGAUCAAUCAGCUUUCCAGCCGUCCCAAAACCCCAAGUCCUCUCGUCACUUUCUUGGUAAUGGUCGCAGUCGAAAGCUAAAAAAGGACGGAGACACUUACGGGUACGAUUUCGACGCUGAAGGCGCUGACGAUGAGCGGACUCCCUUAGUUGGUGCCAUUAGAGGUAUUCGGGGCCGUCAUGGGCGACGUUCAAACGGUUCUAGCCUCCGACAGAUGGAGUAUCUUGGACAGAGGCGAAUUGGAUUUUGGGCACGCUAUGGCGUGUGUGCCUUACUUUUAAUGCUGUUUUUUGUUCUCACCAGUGGAUCGACUUUAUUCAUCAUCGGUGCCACGCAGCCGCUUAAGAACGUUCGUGUGAGGGAAAUCCAAAACGUUCUAGCCUCAGAGCAGACAAUCAUGCUCGAUUUGGAUAUUGAAGCCGUUAACCCGAACUUAUUUGCGCUCACUAUCGACGAUAUGGACGUAAAUAUUUUCGCGAAAAGCAGAUACGUCGGCAGCGAUUCUUUUUGGAGAGACCGUGGACCUCAUCCAAAAAAAUUGCCUCGAACUACAGAGAGUAAGAAACGGGCGAUUAAUGCGAGAAAUCUGGAGAGCAGCAAGCGGGGACAUUCCUCGAAGGAUCUAGCCUCGAUCGCUACUGUCAACGUUACAGGUGGCGUUGACAAAGGAACCGAUCCAAUGCCAGACGAUGACGUUAGGGACCCGCAGACCAUGCUACUAGGUCGGAUUUUCCAUUUCGCCUCGCCAUUGACUUUCGAGCCGUCGCCUUGGAAACAUAUCGCAUCCAACUCCACUGGCCAGGUACGGUUGACAAAACCAGGAAACAAAACUGAGGAGGGAGGAUCAUUAAGAUGGGAGCGUGUUCUUCAGCACCCAUUUGAAUUGAUCGUCCGUGGAGUUGUGAAGUAUCAGUUGCCGUUGAGUUCCGGCACCAAGUCGGCUUCCAUAAGUUCCAAGAUCAAUGUCCUACCAGAUGAAGACAGUAACGGCGACAAAGAUGGCGAUGCUGAUGAUUCUCGAGACCAUGACGGCCAUACUCCAGAUGAUUCAGUGCACAUUGAGUGAUCAUCGAUGGCUAUCGUUCCUUCCGCCAGCGGCGGCCACGCUACUUAUACGGCUAUUAUGAGUCUCUUAAAUCAUUUGGACACCCGCCUUGAUCGUAUCCUCUUCCUAUUGAAGCCUCAAAGAACUUUUACCCCUUUCUUACGCUGAAUUCUUUACACAUGAUGCCCCCACUUGAUUGUGACAACAUUUAUUCAUUGACUUUUUAUUAGCACUCCCUUUUAUUCCUUGGGUAACUUUGAAAUUUUGCAACUGUGGAGCAUAGCGAUUCCUUUCCCCAUGGGGAUGGACGAGAACUACUCGUCACUUGGCUCAUAGCGCCCCUCUUGUUUUUGAUUUUUGGUGGGACUUCUCUUAGAUCUUGGACUUUUCUUACCCUAUACUUCCCUGUUUUAAUUUUACUCCCUUUGUGAGUCUUUAUCGUCAGAAAGGACUCAUCUUAACCCCGAAAGAGCCGAGAAGGAGGAAGAUAAACGAUACUAUCGCCUGUACUUUACUCUUCUCCAACCAAGGGAAAAAGUGAGGGGACGUUUCGUCUCCCUUUGAUUCUUUUAACGAAAGCGAUGCCAAUGCAAAUUACAACUAUAUAGACUGGAAAAAAGGCAGCGAGAUGCAAGUCUUGGGCCAGGACAGGGCGGAUUGGGUGCAAACGGAUUUGGAUUUCACUUUUUGAUCGUCUUUCACCCUUUUUCUUUUCUCUUCCGUUUUUCCUUUCUCUCUCUUAAUAUUGUUACACUAUUCUAUGUAUUUUUUUUUCCUUUUCCUUUCUUUCUUUUUUUCUUUUUUCUUUUUUUUUUUUUUCGGGGGGACCUUUUUUCUUUUUACUUCUAAUUUCCUUUUAAUUAUACCCCCUACAUACAUACCCACUGUCUUGCAUUUUAUGGGAUUUUACCAGGACAGUCUAGCCAUUCCCUUGCGAGAAAUGCACCAACGAAUUUCAUUUGUGUGAAGAAGGAAAAGUGAUGAAAUAAAACUACUUAAUGUGGAAUGUGUGAAGAAGAAGAAGAAAAAGAAAAAGGUUAAGUUGAGUAUGACAUUGUGUGCUGUGGGGAUGGCAGUGCAAUGAUAUUUUGGUUAUUGCUAUUGGCAGUGGAUAUCAAGAUACCACAGCACCGCAGGAGGCAUAUUGGAGGGGUUGAAUACACCAUUCUUACUCCAAGCUUAUUAUACAUUGGCAAGGCAUACAUCAUUAGGAAUAUAUGUCAAGCUAUCAUACCAACAUGCUUUAUAACAUUCGA